AUGUCCGAACAAACCAUCAUCCUCAUCACAGGCGCAAAUUCAGGAGUGGGCUAUGCAACCACUCAAACUCUAGCCACAAACCCAAACCACCAUGUAAUAAUGGCCUGUCGCGACCUCCAAAAAGGCCAACAAGCCCUCUCCUCCCUCGAAACCCAAAAUCUCAAAGGAACACUAUCCCUCCUCCAUCUAAACGUGGAAGACGACACCUCCAUAUCACAAGCAGCGGAAACCGUAGCCAAACAAUUCAACCGACUCGACGUCCUAAUCAACAACGCCGGCACCGCCGCACCAAACAGUACCGGCCGCGCCAAGCUAAACCAGAUCUUCUCGACCAACGUAAUCGGCCCAGCUCUCGUCUCAGAAGCUUUCACGCCCCUCCUCCUCAAAUCAGGAAAACCCUAUUUGAUCCAGAUAUCCAGUGGUCUGGGCUCAAUGGCUUUGGCAACUGAUCCCAAUAGUCCUUAUUAUACUGCGCCUUGGGAAGAGUACCGGGCCAGCAAAACGGCGCUGAAUAUGAUGACUGUUCAGUUGCAGAAGCGGUUGCAAGGUGUGAAGGUUUUUGCAUUCUGUCCUGGACUUGUGAGGUCAAAUUUGAGGGGUGAGGAUGAGGCUGCUCAGCAGACCAAGGAACCGGAGUCCGUGCCGAUGGAUCUGCCGUCAUCUACUAGUCUUCUCGAGGCCUUUUCCAAGGCCGAGGAUGUAGAUCGGUUGGAAAGAGGUGGUAAUGAUCUAGGUCCUUUUGCGCAGUUCGUCACGUCAGGGAGUAAGCAGAUAUCUAAUCAACCGCAUAUGACCUUGACACACAAUGUGCCCCAGACAUAUCCCUUAGACAGCUAUCUUACGACGAUAAAUGAGCUGCUGUCGCCGCAGACCCCGGAUCUUUUUCCAGCGGAGCACAAUCAGCCAUUUGAGGUGGAAAGAACUUUCCAAAUUCAGCUUCCGGAUAUCUCUAAAGAAAGUAAAGAGUAUCUACAUUUGAAAGGAGCUCUCAGAAUAGUGCCCCUCGAACUUCGCAAUCACUUGCUCGGGGCUUAUAUCAAAUAUGUUCAUCCUCUGCUGCCUGUCAUUGAUUUGCAAUGGUUUUUACUCAAUGUCAUGAUCGAGGAUGAAUCCCGAUUUCCAAGUCCGCUACUUCAUCAAGCUGUCAUGCUGGCUGGCAGUGCAUUUAUUGAGCAAGAAACUGCCAUCAAAGCCGGGUUCUCAUCACGAAAAGCAUUACGAAGAACAUUAUUUGGACGAGCCAAGCUUCUUUAUGAGUUCGAGACCGAACCCAACGCAUACACCCAGAUCCAAGCAUUAUUACUUAUGAUGCAGUGGCACGGAAGUGGAGAUGGCCACAAAGUCCCAACAUACUGGUUCGAUCUCGCAUAUUCGACAGCAGAACGCGUCGGUCUCCUUGCGAGUUUAGAAACAGGUAGUUUUUCACACAAGCACAGACUGUGGUGGUGUCUCUACGUGCGUGACCGGAUUCUCUCCCUAGGUUUCCGUCGACCACUACGAAUCCCAAACAGCGAUAUUACAAUGUCGCUACUGGAAGCCACGAAAUACUAUUCCUCCGAGCCGUACCAUGAACUUGUGCUGGUCAUGCUGGGAGAAGCAUCAAUUAUGCUCAACUGGGAAAACCAAGAGCGAAUGAUGUUGCUAUUCAUCCAGGAGAUCAAACUCGCUCAUUGCAUGGGCGUCAUCAUCAAUCUUCUUUACCAAGAUGCUUGGUCACCGGCACCGUCAGGAGACUGUGAAUACUCCAUGGUCCCCAAGUCCAAUAUAUCACAGGCUUCCAUAACGGGCUGUGAACAGCUUCUAAGGACCUGGAUUCAAGAACUCCCCGCCCCAGCACAUUAUUUUUCCCCAUCACUCUUGCAUGGCUGUCAUACAGAGUCCCCGGAGAUCGUCCUCCUCGUCCACCAAGCUUUCCUGUAUCUCCUCCAUCUCACCGCGAUGUCUAUACUCUGCCAAGCUGCGUCGAGUGGAGGAGAUGGUCUCGAGACCACCAUUACGUCGGAAAUGAGAGGUUUGACUUUGCGAGUCAAUGAGACUCUCAAUGAACUGCAUGAAUGCAGGAUGCUUCAUUUCCUCCCUGGAAGCACUGUUACAAUACUGGGUAUUAUUCUUGAGGCCAGCAUUCCUGAUUUGAAAGUCCCGGAUGCUAUUGUGAGGAUGCAGGCUAUGUCGAACUUGUAUGCUUGCGAGGAAGCAGCUGGACAUUUACUACAAACUUAUCCUGCAGCUGAGAUUGUUCUUUCACAGGCGCAAAAUGCUCGUGGACAUCUUUUGGGUUUGAUCAGGACUUGA